CAGCAUGAGGGGAUCGCACCACCAACCCCGCUACCCUGCCGUGGUGACGUCCGCCCCUGGCCCCGGGUGGCCGUUCGAGGAUCGUAAUAUUAUGCCGACGGGGAGCAGCCUCCAUCGCCGCGUCCUUCGAACUUCCUUCUCCGGCCGCGAGUUCUCCGCGAGUUCCCGCCGACUUUUCUAUGCGCGCACGAGUCCUCGCGAAUUCUAGUAGAUUCAUCGUAUCGGAUUGAUGUAUCCGCUGAUUGGAAAUGAGGAGGGUGCUCCGAUUUGUGAUAGGAGAAACUCAGAGCGGUGAUUAGUGUUAUGUGCUUAUGUUUCGCGGCUUAGAAUUCGAGGAAAGGGAGGAUCGACGUGGCUCGGAAGGAUUGAAAGAUCUGACGAGGAUGCGGUGCUUCGGAAGAAGAAAAUGAACUGAGCAUGAUUGAUGACCGCAACAACUGCCUGGUCAGUUCGAGGCAGCCGAGACCGUCGGAAUAUCCGGCGUUGGAACCGCGCCGCGUGCUCUGGAAAAGUCGGCGAGGAGUCCAAGGUGACCGCGAUUUAGAUGGAAAUAGCCAAGCGGGAAUAAAUUUGACCGCGAGUGCUGUUGCUUCGUCGUCGGCAAACGAGAAAGGAGGGACGACCAGCAGCGGAAUUUGCCGUCGCGUCAUCAGCAGCGGUUUAACCGAUUUCAGGGAGAUGCUGAAGGAAGUCGGUUGCGGGAGCACAACGCCUCCGCCAGGGGACGGCGGCGGAGCGAAUAGUCGACAGGUCGGGGCGAACGAAGGCGGCGGCGGAAACGGCAGCGGGGGUGGCACCUCGGAGGGUGCCCUUGGCUGCGGAGGCUGCGGAAGGGAGAUCGCCGAGCGCUACUACCUAAGGGCGGCCGAUCGCGCAUGGCACUGCGACUGCCUGCGCUGCUGUCACUGUCAGGUCCAGCUGGCCGCCGAGCUCACCUGCUUCGCCAGAGACGGCAACAUCUACUGCAAAAAGGAUUACUUUAGAUUAUUCGCGGUGCCGCGAUGCUCGCGAUGUCAUGCCGGCAUCUCCGCCUCGGAGCUGGUGAUGCGGGCGCGCGACCUGGUGUAUCACGUGGCGUGUUUCACUUGUGCCUCGUGCGGCACCCCGCUGAACAAAGGCGACCAUUUCGGUCAGCGGGACGGACUCGUGUAUUGUAGACCACACUACGAGCUGCUGUGCUGCGCCGGGGAUUACGCGGGUGCUGCUGGCGGCAUCGAGGACCUCGGCUCGCCAGGGGUGUCGCCGCUUCCGGCGUACUACGAGCAGAGCCCGAUAGCCUCUUCCGGCACCGUGCAAAAGGGCCGACCCAGGAAGCGGAAGCUGUCGGAGGUCACCGGCUCCGAGCUUCCCGUCACAAUGAGACUGGCCGCUGGCGCGCUUGAGCUGCUGCAUCCCACGGAGCUGUCCUCGUCGAUGGAGUCGCUGACCGCGUACGACGCAUCCGUGGGCUCUCCCGGACCUGUGCACCAGAGCCAGCGGACGAAGCGUAUGCGCACCAGUUUCAAGCACCAUCAAUUGCGAACCAUGAAGAAUUACUUCGCGAUAAAUCAAAACCCGGAUGCUAAGGACCUCAAGCAGCUCGCGCAGAAGACCGGCCUGUCCAAGAGGGUGCUGCAGGUGUGGUUUCAAAACGCGCGAGCGAAAUGGCGACGGAACCUGAUGAGGCAGGACGGCGGCAACGCCGGAAGUAACGUCGGCUGUUCCGGGACGCCGGUGUCAUCCAGCACCGGGAAUUCGCCAAACGUCGGCCCGGCCGCCAGCAUCCUCGGGGACAGCAACAGCAUGCCCUCGACUUCCAUGGAGGAGCUGCACGCUCUUCAUCAUCUGCACUCGGGCGUCUCCUCUCAGGUCUCCUUCUCCGAUCUCUACUGACGACGGCUUGAAAUGGACGAGGACGCUUACAGCAGCCUCUCCAGCCAUCUCGGAUGAGGGAUUAUCGCGCUUCCUCGAAAAUCGACCGACCCUGAAGAGCGACGAUGACACGCGCAUCCAUCAUAGUUUUCUUUUUUUUUUUUUUUAGAGAAGAAGAGACCUCACCGAUGAACUGCGGCUGUUGGUGACGUAUAUUAUGGCAGCGAUAUGAAUAAAGUUUAACGUGUUUCUUGCCGCAUUGCUUUUGGAAACGAAAUUUCACGAUGAAUCGAUGUUUUGUGCGAAACAAACUUUGGUCGCGCGAGAGUACCAUAUGUAAAUGGAUUUUUAAAUGGACUUAAACGAAGAAAGUGACUCGUCGGAGGAUUUUUCCGGCCGGCAGCCUAGUCAGGUAGAGACGAUUAUGUUUAAGUAAUCAGUGAUAAUAAUCAUAGUUCCAUGCACAUCCGAAUUACCAAAGAUUACUAGACGAAGAUAGUAAGAGUGUAAUCUAGAUACGUAUGCAAAAAGAGAGUGUAUCGUUAGCGAUUAUAUCGGUAAUUAUCGACGAAACCUCGGACAUUGAUAGACAUGAGGGAUGUUUAAAAAAAUAUAUACUACUGACAACACACGUUUGAGCAUUUCUAAAGAUCUCACAUUGUCGAUCUAGCAUACUCCAAGAAUUUGAGAAUUUUUAGAGAACAAAGCAAGAUCGAAAGAUUUCGAAAGAUCUAAAAAGAUCUCGAGAGAUCCGAAUAUUUUUCAAAUAUUUGCAAAUAUAUUUCUAGCAAU